AUGGCUUACCACCUCAGAUCUGCUAGCUUGCCUUCCAGUCCUCGCUCCAACGAAAUCGAUGUCGAUGAGAAGCUCCAAAGCAUGAAGACAACAGUCUCCUCAUCAUCUGUGACCAUUGAAACUAUGUGUGAUGGUUUCAGAAAUCUUGGAGAAGUCUACAACUGCAUUGCUGAGCUCGCCUGCUUACCCAGCAGCCAAGUUACAAGACAAAGGGGAGCAGUAGAGCAAGAGCUGGAGUGCUCACUUGUGUUGCUCGAUCUUUGCAACACCAUGCAAGAGAGCUUUGGAGAGCUCAAGACAACCAUCAUGAACAUGCAGAUGGCUCCCAAGAGAGGAGAAGAUGCGGCAGUCCAAGUCAUGAUCCAUUCCUACAUCAGAUUGGCCAAGAAAGCGCAGAAACAAUUCAAGAAGAUCAGCAAGAAGUCCAUUGCAGCUGGUCAUGAAAACUGCAGGAUCAUCAAGCUAUGGUCUGAAGCCAGAGAGGUUGCCAUCUCCAUGCUAGAAAUGUCAUCACGUUUCUUGAUGAAGCAAAUUGUGCCAAGUUCUAGCAAGUGGUCUCUUGUCUCCAAGACAUUCCAGAAGAGGAGAGUUGUGUGUGAGGAGGAGCAACUGCAGGAGUUAGAGUUGGACAUUGUUGAUCUUGAGAGCGGAGUUGAGGCUUUGUUCAGGAUAUUGAUCCAGAGCAGAGUUUCUCUUCUGAAUACUCUUAGCUUGUAGGUAGAUCAUGCAACCAAGUAAGACGCCCCUGCGAUUAGCAUCCGCCUU